UGAGGGAUUUAAGAAAAAGAACUGAGGGAGCUUCACCCAUCCUGUGGAAUGGCCCGUUUCCUAGUGAUGUAAUUCGAGGCCCCAAAUCCAGCUGCCCGGACAUUUCUUUUUUCAUUUGCAGCCAAGGGUAGAACAGAGCCAAAACCAUCCGUUUACCCUGAGACAAGAUGGCUGCUGAGCGGGGGGAGCCGUCGGCCUUGAACCUUCAGUUCCGGGCUGGGAUGACUACAGCUAUGAAGAUGGAGGACAUGGGGCCCACAGAGCUGAAGCAGGAGAUGGAACUGGAGGGCCCGAGAGAAAGGCCUAAGGAUGCCCAGAUGGGGACGGACGGGCAAAGUCUGGGCUGGAGAGGCCCACAACACAUUAAACAGGAGCCGGACGACGGGACGUCCUCUCAGCGCUGGGAAGCCCAGUGGCAGGAGUUCCUGGGAGGAGUGCAGUCCCCUCGCUCAGGAUGGGGGGCCAGGCCGUUGCCGGGGACUGCAUCGUGGGGGGAUAUGAAGGCGCCCGUGGGCCAUUUUGAGGGGACGGCUACCACUAGCCAACAGGCCCCGGAAGGGCAGUUUCUCCAGUCGCCGCCUUUGGGCUUCGACGGGACGACGCAGCUGGCUGACCGAGAUCGGAGGAAAGUGAAGGAGGAGAUGGACAGCGAGGUUGGCGUGGGCCCAGAGCCGCCCUGCCGGCGCUUCCGGCAAUUUCUCUACCAGGAGGCCGAGGGCCCCCGCGAGGUUUGCAACCGCCUCUGGGACCUUUGCCACCAGUGGCUGAAGCCGGAGAGGCGCACCAAGGAGCAGAUGCUGGAGCUGGUGAUCCUGGAGCAGUUCCUGGCCGUCCUGCCCCCGGAGAUGGAGAACUGGGUGAGGGAAUGUCACCCCCACACCUGCGCCCAGGCGGUGGCCCUGGCGGAAGAUUUCCUGCUGAGGCACCGAGACGAAGGGAGACAGGAACAGAAGGGCCCGGGAAUGUUCAAUGUGGUGACGGUGAAUUUCCCCGAUACGGAGCAGGCCUUGGCUGGGAGUGCACAGAGGCAGCUUGGCAGGCCGGUCAAGGAGGAAGUCAACGAGGAUGGCCACUCUAUGGCAGAUGACGGGAAGGUGAAGGAAGAACCACACAGCGAGGACCCUGCCAUUACAGAGAAACAAUGCCAGCAUUUCCGGCAGUUCCGCUACCAGGAGGCUGAAGGGCCCCGAGAGGUUUGCAGCCGCCUCUGGGAUCUUUGCCGCCGGUGGCUGAAGCCAGAGAGACACACCAAGGAGCAGAUCCUGGAGCUGCUGAUCCUGGAGCAGUUCCUGACUGUCCUGCCCCCGGAGAUGGAGCACUGGGUCAGGGCCGGCGGACCGGAGACGUGCACCCAGGCCGUGGCAUUGGCAGAGGAUUUCCUACUGAGGCAGCCGGAGAGAGCGGAACAAAAGGCUCAGCUGGGCCCAUUUCCCGAGAGGCCUUUGCAUUCCCAGAGGGCCGAGCGCAGUCCGCCGGAGGCCACACAAGAAGCCCACGGGGACGGCAGCUUACUGCCAAACGGGGGUCAAGUGAGAGAGACUGAGACAUUUUCACGGCGAGAAAAUGCUGGGUGCGCAGAGCAUGUCCGGACACUCCCAGGAGGAGGAGGAGAAGAUGGUCUGUGUCAUGUCCUGAAAGGCCUCUCUGGAAAUGGUCGAGAAGCGGAGAGGCAGCAGGAAGCGAACGCGGAGGAGAUGGUGGACGGACUUAUGUUUGACGCGGGCCAGGAAGAACUGGGCGCCUGGCGAAAAAUCUCCAGCAGGGGAGCACUGGAAACGUACGCAGGGAGCAGGCCCAUCUUCAGCCGGGAUGCGAUUGCGCACUCGCGGAUCGAGACAGGGGAGAAGCUGCACAUCUGCUCCGAGUGCGGGAAAAGCUUCAGCCGGAGGUCGGACCUGAUCCGGCACCAGAGAAUCCACACGGGGGAGAAGCCGCACCAGUGCCUCGAGUGCGGGAAAAGCUUCUGCCAGCGCUCGCAGCUUCUCGGGCACCAGAGGACCCACACCGGAGAGAAGCCUUAUGUCUGCCCAGCGUGUGGGAAAAGCUUCGCCCACCACUCGACCUUCAUCGCGCACAAGAGGACCCACACGGGGGAGAAGCCCCACCGCUGCCCGGUUUGCGGGAAGGCCUUCAGCAACCGCUCCGUCCUGAUCAAGCACGAGAGGACCCACACGGGGGAGAAGCCCUACCCCUGCUGCCACUGUGGGAAGGCCUUCAGCAACCGGACCAGCGUCCUCAAGCACGAGAGGACCCACCGCAAAGAGCGGCCGGGCAAAGGCUCGGAUGGUGGGAAAAGCUUCGGUUUCCAUCCCUGCAUCCUUGAACAUGAAGAUAAAACCAUGUCCGGAGAAGGAGGUGCGAUGACGGCCCCGGACUUCCCGUUCCAGCAUAUCUUCGCUCCCAUGUCGUCUGCGGGCAUUAAAACAGAGGAAGAAGUAGAAGCCCCAGAUCCUGUGAAUGGGGAGUGGGGACCAGGAGGAGGACCAAAGGGCCGCCAUUUUGCUCAAGUUGGAGCCGCCAAGGGGUUCCCAAAAUGGACGCCAUCGCUGCCGGUGAAACAGGAGCCGGAAGAGGGGCUGGCCCAUCAUUGGGAAGUUCAAUGGCAGGAGUUCCUGAGGGCGUUGCAGCCCCCUUGUGCAAGGUGGGAAUAUCCACAGCUUCAGUUAGGUGAUAAAAAUGCCAUUGAGUUAUCUCCAGUGUCCAUCGACGGAGAAACCAAAACCAGCCAGUGGCCUGGACCAGAGGAAGUGAGCCAGAUUUCGCCAGGCCUCAACGGAGAACCUGAAGCGGCUUCUAAAUGUCUGGAGUUUAGAGAGGGGGAAGAUCGCGAGAUGGCGACGGAAGACAUUCCAGGCCAAGGUGACAUCAGUGCCGAGAUCCAGCGCAAGCGCUUCCGGUAUUUCCGCUACCGGGAGUCGGAGGGUCCCCGAGAGGUUAGCCGGCGACUGCAGGAACUCUGCCAUCGGUGGCUGAAGCCGGAGAAACACACCAAGGAGCAGAUCCUCGAAACCCUCAUCCUGGAGCAGUUUGUGACCAUCUUGCCUCAGGAAAUGCAGAGCUGGGUGAAGGCAGAAGGACCGGAGACCUGUGCCCAGGCGGUGGCCAUGGCUGAGGACUUCCUGCUGAGUCAGGAGAAGCCGAAGGGGUGGGAAGGGCAGGAGCUGCUGGGGUCGCCUGAAGAGGAAAAAGGGUUCGUGGCUGGGGUCUUCCAGUCACCUUUGGCCCUCAGACCAGGACAGCUGUGCAAAGGGUUCAAGGAGGAGAUGGAGGACGAUGAGAAUCUCAGCUUGCUUGUCGGUGGGAUGCAUUCUGAGUCCUCUCUUCUUCAUGCUGCUCUGGAGCCAGCUCAGGGAACGGGGACCUUUGAGGAGGUGGCCGUGCGUUUCAGUGAGGGGGAGUGGGCCUUGCUGGAUCCAGGCCAAAGAGACUUUUACAGGGAAGUCAUGUUGGAGACCUACGGGAACGUGACCGCUCUGGGGUUUUUGAUUCCCAAACCAGACGUCAUCUCCUGGCUGGAAGGUGGGGAAAACUCAUUCAUCCAGAAUCCUGAAGAAACAGACAGGGGGAGGAUUUCAGACAUAGCUAUGAAUGAGAUCAAGGAAGAAAAUCUUCUGCUGCAGGAAGUCCCUGGGCUGGAAGAAACAUCCGAGAUAUUCCCAGGGGGGUCACAGGAGGGUAUUUUCUUGACAACCCACGACUCUGAAAGCGACGGCACAGCGAGUGAGAAUGAGGUAGGCCUGACACAGCAGGCCGGCUCCUCUGAGUCAACACGGUCUGAUGGGACGUCACCCGCGGCUUCCCAAGGGGAAGUUUCAGUGAAGCCCGAACCUUUCGACCAGGGAUACGAGUCCAACAGGCAGCCGUGGCAGCAGACAAUGAAGAUGUGGGGCAUAUCCAUACAGAAAGUGGAAAACGUCAUGGCGGAUAACAUCGGCGUGACGCACGUGGGAGAGGAGCGCCACAUGUGUCGCAAGUGUGGACAGACAUUCGAGCACCAGUCGGGACUUACCGUGCACCAGAUGAUACAUACGGCGGAGAGGCCCUACGAGUGCCUCGAGUGCGGAAAGAGCUUCUGUCAACGGGAGAACCUUCUCGUACACCAGAGAAUCCACUUGGGGGAGAGGCCUUACGAGUGCUUUCACUGCGGGAAGCAUUUCAGCACCCGGUCCCAUCUUAUCACUCACCAGAGAAUCCACACGGGCGAGAAGCCAUACGAAUGCCUUCACUGUGCCAAAAGCUUCAGCAACAAGUCCUCGCUGGUCACACACCAGAGAAUCCACACGGGAGAGAAGCCGUACGAGUGCCCACAGUGCGGGAAGAGCUUUUGCCAGAGCGGGCAGCUGAUCCGUCACCAGAGAAUCCACACGGGAGAGAAGCCCUACGCGUGCCCGCAGUGUGGGAAAUGUUUCUGCCAAAGGGGGCAGCUGAUCCGACACCAGAGCAUGCACACCGGAGAGAAACCUUACGAAUGCCUCCAGUGCGGGAAGAACUUCAGCCGGAAAUCAUAUCUCGACAUUCACCUGCGGAUGCACACGGGAGAGAAGCCCUACGCCUGCCCCGACUGUGGGAAAAGCUUCUGCCAAAGCGCCCAGCUGAUUCGGCACCAGAGAAUCCACACUGGGGAGAAGCCGUUCGCCUGUUCCGAGUGCGGGAAAAGCUUCUGCCAAAGCACCCAGCUGAUUCGGCACCAGAGAAUCCACACGGGGGAGAAGCCGUUUGCGUGUGCCGAGUGUGGGAAAAGCUUCUUCGAGAAAAAAAAGCUGGUAAGGCACCAGGGAACCCACAUGGAACCGAAACCGUACGAAUGCUCCGAGUGCAGGAAAACCUUCCCACGGAAAGAUAAGCUCGUUCACCAUCAGAAAACCCACAUGGGGCUUGAAACCUUAUGAAUGUUUUCCUUUCCCCCCCCUUUUCUUUCUUAAUUGCAACUGUAACAUGUUUAUGGCAAAACACAGGUCGGUAAUCCUUCGAAACGCAUUAAAAGCUUUCUGCAGAGGUUUGAGACUCCCAAAAUAUAAGAAUAAAGGCGUGAGAGAGAAACAAACGAAGAGUCCAACUGGGUCAGACCAACCAGACAUCUGGAAGCUUGUGAUUAGGGCAUGAUGGAUAAUGGCCGUUGCCUUUUGAAUCCUCUGUUUGCUGGGAGAAUAUUCUGCUACACACCAGUUACAAGAAUCCAAUUGGAACAGGAGAUCCUAUAACUUUUAUUGUCUGAGCUGGUACAGAACAAGGGCUGCUCUAUAUCAGUAGUGCAGUUAUGUCUCUUUAGAACUUGGACUGGGCUGGGUUAGGAGGGUAGUAUCAUUUCACUUCAAAACGUGCUGAUCUGACCCUGCUCACUUUGUGGGCCCUCCUUUUCAUUCUGCUAAGUGCGGCCGUGGACGUUUGCCACCCCCUCCCCAAACCCUGCCCUGACGUCUCCGCUGAUUAUCACGUUAAAACUAAAACCAGCUGAAAAUAAGUGUAAAAUAUCACAUAGGUCCAUUUAUGUAGGUAGAUCCAGGUUAGAUGCGUAAAUCGGACAGUAUUCGCGCCAACUUUCGGAUACAGACAUAGCUUUCUGGAGGGAUUCUGUGUCCUGAAGCUGUAACCAGGGUCAGUUUGUAAAAAAAUCAUCUGGUCAAGAUAAUGAGAUUUCAACUGAAAACAAUUUUCAAGAGAAGCAGUCGUCUGCUGAAAUGUAGAAGCUUUGGUGCCAUUUUCAUUCACUCUUUGCUGUUGUUCCUUCUGCCCCUCACACACACACACACACACACACACACACUGCUUUUGCUUGCAAUGGUGUUGCCUAGGGUGACCCUAUGAAAAGGAGGACAGGGCUCCUGUAUCUUUAACAGUUGUACAGAAAAAGGAAUUUCAGCAGGUGUCAUUUGUAU